UACAGCCAGAAACUUUUGCAGGGGUUUACGCCAGCCACAAUUUUCUUGCACCAGCAAAAUCAGCCUAAUAGUUAAUUUAGCAAUAGUAAUUUCUUGUGAUUAAUUUUCUUGUGAAAUAAUGAGUGAUAAGGAAGUGUGGUGGGGCACUACCCCUCCCAAUAACCCAAAAAAAUAAAUAUAAGGUGGUGAGGUAUUAUUCUUAGAUUUCAUGUUAAGGCAGACACAGUAAAGCAAAUGGAGAAACUAAACAAACUAGGCACUGAUUCUUUGGCUCAAUCUAGAGAAAGCUCUUUGUUCUUUCCCUCCAGUAAGUCACAUAAGAAAACAAUAUAUUAGUCAGUUGCCUAUACUUUUCUAUGUUCAUUUUUGUCAAGAAAACAUACUAAUGGAUGUUCUAGUUAAAUUCCCAAUUAGAGCUUCUUCAUUUCAUUGCCCGGUAAUAAACUCUGAUAUCACAAAGAAGCUUGCCCUUAGGUUCUCUUCCACUCCCAGCAAAAGAAUAUGCAACUUGCAAAGCAUUGGUUUCAACAGGAAUGUCCUAAAAAAACCUUGGGAUAGGAAAAGAAUUUCAGCCAUAGCACCAAACAGAGACCCCAAAUCUGAGCAAAAUUCAUUCUCUCCAGCAGAGAUUGUAGAUCACUUCUACACAUGCAUCAAUGACAAGGAGCUACGAAAAUUGGAUGAAUGCAUAUCUCAAGAUGCUUGCUUUGAUGACUACACGUUCAUCAAACCAUUCCAAGGAAAGAAGGAAGUAAUGCAUUUCUUGCAGCAGCUUACUGAUAGCAUGGGCCAAAAUGUGAAAUUCAGAACAAGAAAAAUAUUGGAGGGAGAUGAUUUAACUGUUGCAGCAAACUGGCACUUGGAAUGGAAAAAGGAACAGAUCCCUUUAACCAGAGGCUGCAGUUUCUUCAAGCUAUCAAAAGAAGGAGAAAUCAUGAUCAUUAGUAGAGCUGAAGUACUAAUCGAAUCACCCGUCAAACCUGGAAGCAUAGUUUUGACAGUGUUGAAGACCGUGACUUCACUAUUUGAUGCCUUUCCAAAUGCAGCUGAAUGGUUCCUAAGAAAGCCUCAUGCAAUACUAACAUGGAUACUAAAAAUUUACAGCAUAUUUAUAGAGCCUAUGGUUAAACCACUACUAGAUGGGUACAUAAAACUAUGGGGUUUCACGGUUCGAUUGCUUAUCGAUGCAUUCAAGCUUUUGGCAUUUAUUUCUAAGAUCCUAUUCAAGUAGAGAGUAUGUAUGAUCUCACAUCACAUUAGCUGGCAUCAACCAUCAUCAUCAGAACCGCUGUUCCACCAUGUCUCCAACAAUGAAAGGGCAAGCAAUGGUCCUAUAACCGGUGGAAGCGGUGGCGGCCGGCUAAAGGAAACUAUUGGAUCAUUGUUGUCUUGUUUCUUAGGUUUUGAAGUCACCAAUAUACCUGUUUCAAUUUCAAUAAUAACAAAUUUGAUUUCAUAA